GUUGAACAUUUUUAAUGUAUUACAAAUAUCUGUCUUUACUAAUUGCUUUUGCUUUUGCUUAUAUAUGAAUAGUAAUAUGUCUAAUCAUAUUCAUUAUAAUUAUUCAACUCAGCAUAGUUUUUUAAAAAAGUAAAUUGAUAACUUGAAUGUAGACAGUGACCCUCAUUUCUAAGAUGUAGAGACAACAUCCUCUUAGGUUCCAACACUUUUUAUUUAAGUUUAGACUUAAUAUCACAAACUCCUAGAAAAAAAUACCUUUAGAAUUUAUGGGAAAGCAACAUGGUGCUAUAGUAAGGAAAGAUAGGACAGUGGAAACAACCUUGAACGAGAAGAGUUAUUUUUGGUCAGGCUCAUUCUGACAUGUUUGAAUUUGGUUAAACAUCUCUGUUCCUGUUUUCUUAUUUGUGAAAAAAAAGGAGAAGAAAUACUGAAUAAGAUAAACUGUAAGAUCUGAUGAACUGUAAGAUCUACUUCAACAUUAAGAUUUUGUGACAUUAGAAGAAUCUUAAAUGAGCGAGUCCUGAACCAGUGCCACAAAUGCCAGAGACUAGUUUGGCUGCUGAGUGUAUAUGGAGGAAUAGUUGAAAAUGAUGGGAAUGUACAGUUUGUGACUUCAGAAUAUGAUGGCAAAUCAUCUUGUAAAACCUGAUUCUAGAAAUUGCAAGAGACCAAGGGAAUUAGAGCCUCAAAUGCCAGAUAGCCCACAGCAGUCCUCCCUUGGAAAAUCAGAUUCUUUCUCUGAAUGUUCUGGACUGUUUUAUAAAGAUGAAACCUUGGAGAAAGAUUUAAAUGAUAUGAGCAAGGAAAUUAAUCUAAUGUUAUCUACAUAUGCAAAGAUCUUAAGUGAGAGAGCAGCAGUAGAUGCAUCUUACAUUGAUGAGCUAGAUGGACUCUUCAAAGAAGCAGAUACUAUUGAAAACUUUCUAAUACAAAAAAGAGAAUUUCUGAGACAGAGGUUUACAGUAAUUGCAAACACACUGCACAGAUAAAAAUGUUUAACCUUCAAAUAAGCUGAGGAUUUAAACCUAUUGUUGUAAUGAAAGAAUGACAUGUGUGCUUUGAAGGCUUUCUAGUUAUUAAAAAAAUGUAGAUCUUAAACAAAGAAGGGUAAAUUCCUUGAUUUUUUUUCCUAGAUUUAAUUUAAUAUGAAGUAUGUAACUUUUAUUUUGAAGGUCAAAUGUUUGGCAUAUUUUAUAAAAAUGUAAAUUAUUUAAAUCAUACAUGGAUUCUUUUCUUUUUACUUUUCCCUAAAACUACAUAACCUUU